AUGUUUGACUCCAUCGUUACCAAUGUCGGAAACUCAUAUACCAAGUUCAUUGGUGUGUUCACGGCCCCUGUUGAAGGGCUGUAUCAUUUCUCCGUCACAAUCCACACACACGACAAAGGUCAUCUCGAAAUGUCAAUUGUGAAAUACGGAAACAACCUUAUAGUUGCCCAUCCUCAUGGUGAUGCCGCUAUACCAAGUGAUGACCAAUCAACAUCAUCCGUAGUUGUAUUCCUCAGUCUCGGGGAUUCAGUCUGGGUGCGCAAACUUAAUGAUGAAGGAACAAAUAUCAGUGGAACAUUCAGUAGUUUUACUGGUUUCAAAAUAGACUCAAGUGAUGGUAAGAUAAGUGGAGUAGGAAUAGUAGUUAGAACGGGAAGGAAAUGGUCAGUGAGCCAGGCUGUAGAACAGGCUGAAAGCAGUCUCAACAGCAUUGUAGGCACUACAAACAAGGGUAGAGCAGGUUUGGGAAUCAGUAGGAAGCAGCGGUGGGAGACCUCUGAUAAUGUGGAAAAGAGAACCAUGGUCCAGGGAGAAGUUUGCAGAACAGAAGUGAAGGCAAAGUCGGUACAACCCAUGUUAUCCACUCCAACCAAUUUAAAGCAGUGGAAGUUAUCAGAAGACCCUUCCUGCUCGCUGUGGGAGAAUUUCGGAUCACUGCGGUCUCCAAAGCUGGUUGUAUUGGUGGAACUAACAGUACCCUGGGAAGAGAGAUGUGAGGAGGCAAACCAGCUGAAGAAGGUAAAAUGCCAAGACUUGGUAGACACAUGUAGAGAGGGGUUGGAAGACAUGGAUCUUCCCAGUGGAAGUUGGAUGUAG